AUCAGCGUUUCAAGUUAGAGAAGAGGAAAAGUGAGGCACUGUAGGCUGCGCCAUGGAUGCACCGCUACAUUAAUUUAUAAAAACAAUCGCUCCACCCUCACUUUGCUGCAUCACAUGGUUUCGAUGGAAGCUGCUUUUCUGUAUAUAAGACCGGAGAAACGGUACGGUGCCUCAGGGUGCCCGCAGCACGUCAAGACCACCGUGUUUUGAACCGCUUUUAAAGGGGCAGCACCCGGCUCACUUCAUCACCUCACAAAUCAUCAUGGCGGACUCCAACCUAACACCCCUUUCUCGGGCUUUGUCUCGGACAUCAAUGGAGCUGCCAGAAGAGUUUUCGCGAAGUAUCAAUCCGCCCCGAAUGAGAAGGUUGCCGAGCUGCAAUUCGAUUGAGUGCGUUGACCCGGUGACUUCACCCUCCGCAGAGGCCCGUGUCCUGGUUAUCAACACCGGAGGAACUAUCGGGAUGACACUUCACGAUAACGUGCUUGCCCCAAAAGCAAAUGCGUUUGUGAAGCAAAUGCGCAAAUUGCCUGUCGUCCACGAUGAGCUGUAUGCCCAGCAGACUCGCCUGUAUGACUACUAUGGCUCCGAGAACACCCUGGUCCUCCCGAAGCCAACGCCCCAUUCUGACCGUCUAUUUCACGGGCUGAGUAAAGACAAUAAGAGGAUAAUCUACACUAUCUUAGAGUACAAGCCUUUGCUUGACUCCUCCAAUAUGACAACAGAUGACUGGGGUAGAAUUGGAAAGGACAUUGAGAAAAACUACGAAAACUAUGAUGGAUUUGUGAUCCUUCAUGGCACAGACACUAUGGCUUACACAGCCUCUGCCCUGUCUUUCAUGUGUGAACAUUUGGGCAAACCAAUCAUUCUCACCGGCUCACAGGUUCCUAUCUAUGAGAUGAGGAAUGAUGGCAGAGACAACCUGCUGGGGGCGCUGCUGAUUGCUGGCCAAUUUGUGAUUCCUGAGGUGUGUCUGUAUUUCUACAACAAACUCUACAGAGGGAAUCGUGUGACCAAGGUGGAUGCUGGGAGUUUCAAUGCGUUCUCCUCUCCUAACUUGGCUCCUCUGGCCACUGCUGAAGUGGAUAUUACAAUUAACUGGGAUACAGUGUGGAGGGCAAACACCACAGCAAAGUUUCAAGUCAGCACCGAGCUGAACAGGAACGUGGGCCUGCUCAGGCUGUUCCCAGGAAUCACUGCUGCUACUGUGAGGGCUUUCCUGCAGCCGCCCAUGGAGGGUGUGGUCCUGGAGACCUACGGCAGUGGAAAUGCCCCCGAUAACCGUCUUGACCUGUUGGAGGAGCUGAAGAAGGCCACUGACUCUGGUGUCAUCAUCAUCAACUGCACCCAGUGUCUGAGGGGGACUGUGUCUGCAUCUUACGCUACUGGCAAGGUGUUGAUUGAUGCAGGGCUGAUAGCUGGUGGAGACAUGACUCCAGAGGCGGCCCUGUCAAAGCUGUCCUACGUUUUAGCCAAGAAAGAUCUCGAUCUAGCUGCCAAGAAAAAGAUGAUGGCUCAGAACCUGCGAGGUGAGAUGAGUGCUGACUUGGCAGGAGCCAAACUGUGCCUGAGCGACAGCCGUUUCAUCCAGGUUAUCGCCAAGUCUCUGAGCAUCAGCUGCAAAGAGGAGCUGGAAGCCAUCCGCGAUGCCCUGACUCCUCCACUAGCAUGUGCUGCUGCUAAGAUCGGAGACAAAGAGGCGUUAGAAGCCAUAAGGGAAAUGGGCGGUAACUUGUUUCUGGGUGACUAUGAUGGACGUACACCCCUGCAUAUUGCCACCUGUGAGGGCCACUUCGAACUGGUGGAGUACCUACUGAAUCAUGGAGCUACAGUGUAUGCUAAAGAUCGCUAUGGGGACACACCCCUAAGCAACGCUGUACGCUUCAGGCACAAGGAGGUUGUGAAGCUGCUGAGAAAGACUGGAGCCCACUUUUCCAGAGACAAGUUGGAGGAAGCAGGAACAGAACUGUGCAGCCUGGCAGCCAGUGGUGACCUGGAGGGCCUGGAAAUCUGGAGCCUUGCCGGAGCUGAUCUGAAUGAAACGGGCUAUGACGGACAGACAGCAAUUCAAGUGGCCCAGGCUUGUGGCCAAAAGAAAGUGGUGGCCUUUUUAGUCCAACUCAUGAGCACAAGAUCCAAGACAGUAUUUGAUGGAUUUAAUGAGUAUGAUGAUGAUGAUGAUGAUAAG